CCGGCCUCUACACGAACAUAUAAGAAAACAAACAGGAUCAACGCAGCAAAGGAUGCCUUAAUUACAAUUACGAGACAUCGAGUGGGAUUUAAAUUAAAUUGCAUUUAGCACAGAAUUAAAUAUUGGCAUUGUUUUAAUAUGCCGUGAAAUCAUCAUGGCUAGAGAGUUCAUUGACUGCCACUGUCACAUGUCAGCAAAUGAGUUUGCACAGGAUUUGGACGAUGUAAUUCUUAGAGCUAAAAAGGCUGGAUUGAAAGCUCUGGUUGCAGUUACAGAGGGAGGCAGGGAAUUUGAGAAAGUUAUUAACUUAUCAAAAGUGUAUCCUGGUUUUAUAUUCCCUUGUUUUGGCAUUCAUCCUCUUCAAGGAUCUGCGCAGGAUGGCAUUCAUCCUCUUCAAGGAUCUGCGCAGGACUUGCAUAGUGUCAAGAUUCAGGAUCUGGAACCAUUCCUUCCUUUGUUCCAGAAGUACAAAGAUGAUAUUGUUGCAGUGGGGGAGAUCGGUCUUGACUUCACCCCCUGGUAUGCACAAACCACUCAAGAGCGUGAUGAACAGAUAGACGUCUUUAAAAAGCAACUUGAAAUAUCAAAAGAAUUGCAUUUACCAGUGAAUGUACAUUCCCGUUCCGCAGCUAAGGUUACUAUAGCCACAAUGAAAGAACAAGGGAUUAGACAAGCGCUAUUGCAUAAUUUUGCUGGAAAACCAUCAGUUGCCAUGGAAGGAGUUCAGGCUGGAUUCUGCUUCUCCUUCCCCCCUGCAGUCAUCAGAAAUGAACAGAGAGCGAAAUUAAUCAAAAAAAUUCCACUGGAACACCUUUGCCUCGAGACAGACUCACCAGCUUUGGGGUUUGACAAACAUGUAUGAAAUGAACCCCAAAACAUAAUGCUCUGCUGUGAAUACAUUGCAAACGUGAAGGGAGUCUCGGCAGACAGAGUCAUGGAGGUCACACAACUCUAAAUGCCUUCCGAUUGUUUUCCAAGUUAAAAGUCUAGAAUGUUCUUAAUUGUGACAAUGACGUUUUGGAUUCGUUUAUAUGUUUAUUUAUAAAGCACUUUGCUUUAUUGCAUAUUGUUUGAUUAUAAAGCUUUAUUACUGUCUGGAGAAAAACAUUUACUUUGUAU